CCCGCCGCGGUUCCCGCCGCCGCCGCCAUGGAGGAGCAGAAAGAGAACAGCCCGCAGGCCGCCUGGGACGAGGCGGCGGCUGCUCCUGCAGCCCGCCCGCCGGGUAGACAGCAUUGUAGGAUCAGUGAUCAAGAAACUAAUGGCAAAACCUCAGCUGCCAGUUCAAACGACUUCAGCGAUCCGAUUUACAAAGAAAUUGCUAUAACCAAUGGUUGUAUCAACAGAAUGACCAGAGAAGAGCUCAGGAGUAAACUCGCAGAGUUCAAGCUUGAAACCAGAGGAGUGAAAGAUGUACUGAAAAAGAGAUUGAAAAACUAUUAUAAGAAACAGAAGCUGAUGCAGAAGGAACACAUUAGUGGAGACAGCUGCUAUGACUACAUCUGUGUUGUUGACUUUGAAGCAACUUGUGAAGAAGGAAAUCCGCCUGAAUUUGUUCAUGAAAUAAUUGAAUUUCCUGUUGUCUUGGUAAACACACGUACCCUGGAAAUAGAGGACACCUUUCAGCAAUAUGUGAAGCCAGAGAUUAAUCCCAAGCUUUCAGACUUCUGCAUCAGUCUGACAGGAAUAACCCAGGACAUUGUUGAUAAAGCUGAUAUUUUUCCUCAAGUUCUGCAGAAUGUCGUAGAGUGGAUGAGACAACGAGAACUGGGAACAAAGUACAGCUAUUCCAUGUUGACUGAUGGAUCUUGGGACAUGAGUAAAUUUUUGAACAUCCAGUGCCGUAUAAGCCGUAUCAAAUACCCUUCUUUUGCCAAAAAGUGGAUCAAUAUUCGCAAAUCAUAUGGGAACUUCUACAAGGUUCCUAGGAAUCAGACCAAGCUGACAAUCAUGCUUGAAAAUCUGGGCAUGAGUUAUGAUGGGAGACCUCACAGCGGACUUGAUGACUCUAAAAACAUUGCAAGGAUCGCCAUAAGGAUGCUGCAGGACGGCUGUGACCUGCGGGUGAAUGAGAGAAUUCACGGUGGACAGCUGAUGACAGUCUCCUCCUCAGGCCCCUUAGAGGGAGCCCCUGCUCCACAGAUGCCCCGCUGCAGAAACUAGCAAAUCAGGGCUCUGCCCCGGGGGCUGCCCUCACAUACCCGCUAAAGACUCCAGAGCUUGUUAAAUGGGCACCUCUGCCAGCUUGUCUGCCGUGCAGAAUCCUAAAGCACCUUAACUAAUCAUCUCUGUUGAAAUAAAGAGGAGCAUGGAAGCUGUUUGUCCUUUGAAGCCUAUUACAGCAAUUUCUUUUUGUACUGGUGACUUCUGCUAGCAGUGAGGUUGAUAUCUGGAAUCCAGACAAAGUGUUAAGCUUUUAAGAAGGUGUAAUUUGAACACCUGCUAAGAGGGAUUGGGCCUGUGUGCUGCUGUACCACCCCAGCCUGUGGGCAGUAUUUGUUCACUGUGAUGUACUCCAAUGGUAUCCAGCAUCUAUCUGCUUAUUCAUUGCACACAAAUAAGCCAUUCCUGGAAGAACUGAAAGAGCAGUGGUUGGGCUGGCCCUUCCUGAUGAGGCACUCUGCUAAGGGUUCCUAACAUUGUUUUUUAUUUUUUACAAAGUCUAGGAGAAAUGGGUGUGCAUUCAUCAGCUCUAAAGCAGUAGAGGAGUACUCUGUUGUUUGAGGUUCUUCUUUCAGGGAUAUGUUUGUCUGCUUCCCCAUCAAAUGGAAGAUCUGAGUGUUGAAUAAAAAUUUCAUUAGUGUAGAAUGAUGGUAUCUUUCUAUUGUUUCUUUAGAUUUCCACUCUAAGGAUCCCAUCUAUUCCUGCAAAGCUGCCCUUCAUUGAAUGUUGUUUUUAGACACCAUCAGCCAUUUGCACUUAAAAAUGAGUGAAGUAAAAAGUAAGUUCAAAACAUGCCAAGUUAUCAAAAUUUCAUGCUCUGUGAUUAUUACAUAAAACAAAACAAGAAGCUUCUCAUUCAUGGCUAAAGACGUGUUCCGCUAGUUUUGGUAUCUUCUUGUGCUUCUGCCACCAUGGAGCUAUGCCUUUAUUACAAAAUCUAGCAUUGGAGGAUUAAUAUGAUUUUAUUGUUAAAGGCCACAGUUAAUUACUAGCAACUUCUGCUUACUCCCCAGGCCUCAGAUAAGAUGAUAUUCAAAGGAGGCCAAAGUGCUAAUUUGCUUUGUCUCUGAGGGCUGUUACAAAGUGCACCAUUAAUGUGAUCAACUUUGCAUUAGAAUGGUUGUUCUGAAAAGUGGAAUAAUGUAUUUUGGUUGCUCUUGGUUUGAAAAAAAAAUAAAAUUUGCUAUCCCUGUA